UGUAAUGGCGGACCACGGAGACGGUGAAAGUAUUGGGUUUAACGACAACAGGAUGACGCAGCAGACGUUGCGUUUCCGCGGCCCUGCUCCUCCUCCAACCCCAGUGAUGCGUGGUCCACCCCCACUUCUCAGACCCCCACCUCCCCCUUUCGGUAUGAUGAGAGGGCCUCCACCAAGGGGGCCACCAUUCGGGCGUCCACCGUUUGACCCCAGCAUGCCACCCAUCCCCCCACCAGGAGGCAUGCCCCCGCCUCUCGGACCCCCUCACCUACAGAGACCUCCUUUCAUGCCCCCUCCGAUGGGCAGCAUGCCCCCACCCCCAGGAAUGCUAUUCCCCCCUGGAAUGCCCCCAGUUCCAGGAGCAGGAGCCCCUACUCUGCCCCUUGCUGAGGAGAUCUGGGUGGAGAACAAGACACCGGAGGGAAAAGCGUACUACUACAAUGCCAGGACUCGAGAGUCAGCCUGGAGCAAACCUGAGGGGGUGAAGGUGAUCCAGCAGUCAGAGCUCAACCCUGUUAUGGUGACCCCGGCGGGGAUGGGAGCCUCCUCCAGUAGCAUCACAUCAGUCAGCACUGCAGCUGCUAUACCCUCCCCAGUGUCCACACAGGCCCCCUCCCCAUCCAGCACCAUGACCACCAGCCCAGACUCCAACACCACCACCACCUCUGUGUCCCAGACCAUUGCUAACUGUGUGUUGCAACUGUCUGCUGGUCUUUGUCCAGCUUCUGCUGCUACAGAUCUGCAGCCUGUGGCCUCCGUCCCCUCCAGUGUUGCGGUGACCAUCAGUGUAGCCACCGUGCCAGCCUCAGUGACACCAGUCCAGACCAUGUCCCUGCUGCCCCAGAGUCUCCCGACUGGCCUGCCCCACCACGCCAUGUCCCAGCCUCACACGGCCACUAUCCCAGGCUUCCCCCCAGGGGUCAUGCAUCCCUUCAGAGUGCCUCUACCAGGCAUGCACAUCCCACUGCCCGGUAUGCUGCCCGGCAUGGCCCCUCCCCUUGUUCCCAUGAUGCACCACCCCCAGUUGGCCCUGGCGGCGCCCGCCUUGGCAGGCCUCCAACUCCCAGAGUGGUCCGAGUACAAAACGGCCGAUGGGAAAACCUACUACUACAACAACCGCACACUAGAGUCCACCUGGGACAAGCCCCAAGAACUACGGGAGAAAGAGAGAGAGGCAGAGAAGGCCAAGGAGAGGCAGCAGGCCCUCGAGGAGGAGGCCAUGGAGAUGGAGGCCGAGGAGCCCAAAAUAGAACCCCCUAAUGAGAUGAAAGAGGAGGUUAAGGAGGAAGAGAUGACUGAAGAGGAGAAAACAGCACAGAAAGCCAAGCCAGUGGCCACUAACCCUAUCCCUGGCACUCCCUGGUGUAUUGUGUGGACCGGUGACGAGCGUGUUUUCUACUACAAUCCCACCACGCGUCUCUCCAUGUGGGACCGGCCAGAUGAGCUGGUGGGGCGGGCCGACGUUGACAAGAAUAUCCAGGAACCGCCUCACAAAAGAGGCCUGGAGGACGCCACCAAGAAGCUGGGAAUCAGCAAAGAGGAGCUGGAGGCGGCAGCAGAGGAAGCUCUGGAGGAUGAGCCUGUGAAGGCCAAGAAGAGGAAGAAGGAGGAAGUGAUGAAAGAGGCGGACUCUGAGAAAGAGGCAGCCAUGGAGGCGGAGCUGAAGGCGGCCCGAGAGCGGGCCAUCGUGCCCCUGGAGAACCGCAUGACGCAGUUCAGGGACAUGCUGCUGAAGAGAGGGGUCUCGGCAUUCUCUACCUGGGAGAAAGAGCUGCACAAGAUUGUUUUUGACCCGCGCUAUCUGCUGCUCAACCCCAAAGAGAGAAAGCAGGUGUUUGACCAGUAUGUGAAGACCCGGGCUGAGGAGGAGAGGAAGGAGAAGAAGAAUAAACUGAUGCAGUCUAAGGACGAGUUCAGGAAGAUGAUGGAGGAUGCUAAGCUCACCGCCAGGACAACGUUCAGUGAGUUUGCCUCCAAGCACGCCAAGGACCAACGGUUCAAGGCCAUCGAUAAGAUGAAGGACCGGGAGGCCAUCUUCAUUGAGUUCAUGACCUCUCUCAAGAAGAAAGAGAAGGAGGACUCCAGAAACAGAGGAGAGAAGGUGAAGCAGGACUUCUUUGAACUUCUUGGGGACCACCACUUGGAUGGAGGGCAGCGCUGGAGCAAGGUGAAGGACAAGCUGGAGGGAGACCCCCGCUACAAGGCUGUGGAGAGCUCCAACACCAGAGAGGAACUCUACAAGCAGUAUGUGGACAAGCAGGCCAAGCACAUGGACUCUGAUAAGGAGAAGGAGAUGGAGCGCGCCGCCAGGAUAGAGGCCAGUCUGAGGGAGAGGGAGCGCGAGGUGCAGAAGGCCCGCUCUGAGCAGACCAAGGAGAUCGACAGGGAACGGGAGCAGCACAAGAGGGAGGAGGCCAUUCAGCACUUCAGAGCCCUCAUGUCUGAUAUGGUGAGGUCGUCUGACGCGUCGUGGUCAGACACCCGGCGUAACCUGCGUAAGGACCACCGCUGGGAGUCCGCCUCUCUGCUGGAGAGGGACGACAAGGAGAAACUGUUCAACGAACACGUGGAGACGCUCUCCAAGAAGAAGAAGGAGAACUUCAGACAGCUACUGGACGAGACCGUCAUGAUCACACUGACCACCACAUGGAAGGAGGUGAAGAAGAUCAUCAAAGAGGACCCUCGCUGUAUCAAGUUCUCCAGUAGUGACCGUAAGAAACAGAGGGAGUUUGAAGACUACAUCAAAGACAAGUACAUCACAGCCAAAGCUGACUUCCGAACGCUUCUGAAAGAGACCAAGUUCAUCACGUACAGGUCGAGGAAGUUGCUCCAGGAGUCUGACCAGCACCUGAAGGACGUGGAGAAGGUUCUGCAGAACGACAAGCGCUACCUGGUGCUGGACUGUGUCCCGGAGGAGAGGAGUAAACUAAUCAUGUUCUACAUCGAGGACCUGGACCGCCGGGGUCCCCCUCCUCCCCCCACUGCCUCUGAGCCCACGCGCCGCUCCACUAAGUGACCACAGAGGACGCUCGAGAGCCAGAGCAUGAACCCACCUGUCCCAGUGCAGUAUUUAAAACUGUAACGUCGUAAUGACUCAUGGUAAACCCGGAACAUCCAUCCCCUGUAUUUAUUAAAUGCAGUUCUGGGCUGUCGUGGCUCUCCCCUCCUGCCUACAGGGCCUGAUGAUGAUGAUAUGCCACUUCCCUGUGUCCCUUAACAUCUGACCUUUGGCUAAGGUGAAAGGUCAAAGGGAUAGGCAUAGUAAUACAUCUGUGGUUUUCAAUCUGCUGCAGUUGCAGAAACCUACAACAUGUACAUGAUCAGUUUAGCUGUUUCUGUGAUUCAAGGCAUUGCAGGUCUUGGUAAUAACUGUUAGAGGGUGUCAUUUUCAUGUACCAUCUCGCAGUACAGUUUAAAUGCUUCUCAAAGCGGUUUAAUUUUGAUAGGUUGCUGUUUCUGUAAAUGUUUUACUGGAUUAAAGGCAACCUUUUUUUUUGAAAA